ACUCACUUUCUUAUUAUGCUUUCUUUCUUUCUUCCCGUCCGUCCCCCACCUCCCCUCACUCUUUGACUCUCUUCCAAGUUCCAACUUCUUGCUCCCAAGGAAACCAGGGACAACAACACCAUAACAAAAGUGGGAAGCAGAGAGAGAGGAGAAAAUUGGAGGCUUGUUCCGGCGAUGAAUGAUGGGAGCCCCGACGACUGGCUGCCGGAAGGCUGGAGAGUUCAGGUCAAUGUUAGGAAGAGCGGUAAGAAGGAUAAGUGGUACUUUCCUCCCACCGGUGGGGCUAAAUUCUACUCUAAACUUGAGGUAACUCGAUAUCUAAAAAGCAACGGUAGUGGCAUCAACGUUGGUGGCAGCGAAGGCCAUACGAGCGAUGAUAGCUACAACACAGUUAACAAUACUAGAGGCAACUUCAACACUACAGGCAACAUCACCACUCCCUCUACUCCCUCCAAUACUCUCAAGAAUAGCAACAACCUCAACUUGGUCAAUAUCGCUAGUAGCAACCCCACCAACACCCCCACCAUGGGGAAGAAUACCAACAAUGUCACGGAUAGUAGCAAUCACUUUGCCAAUAGCCAUCCCAAGAGUGAAGAGAAGGAGGAGAAUAGCACUCUUAAAAGAUCCUCUAAACAGGUUACCUUUGAGAAGGCUACAGCGGAAGGGUUACCUCCAGGAUGGACCAAAGAAGUUAAAGUAACAAAGAAGGGCAGAAAAAUCCGAAGAGAUCCGGUACUCAGGCUUCUUCUCUUGUCUUGGGAUUUUAAUUCUUUGAUUGCACCUUUUAAGUUCAUAUGUUAUGCCUCUUACUGAAUGUGCUGUGUGUUGCUAAUAUUCAUAACACAAUUGCAGUACGCCCUGGGAGAUGAGUUGUAUGGACGACUCAAACUUGAUUUUCAUGAAUUCACUAACUAAACUUUGCCUUUUGUAGUAUUAUACGGAUCCUGAAAAUGCAUACACAUUCCGUUCCAUGAAAGAUGCGGUUCGGUAUAGUCAGACUGGGGAGGUUGGAAGACUAGCAAUCAGGCGGAGAGAAGGAAGGCAUCAUGACGAUGCAGAAGAUGAUGAAACUCUGUCGCCAGCUUUAACCAAGAGACACCAGUUGGGGACUGAUGCAACUAUGAACAGAAAUAAUAAGAGCUUAAAGGUGCCUGGAGUAGAACCUACCUUCAAAGUAACUAAAGUAGCUCCACCAGCAGCUGAAGCCCUCCCAGAUGUUCAAGAAAUGCAACAUGAAGAAAUGGACCAGACCUUGAAGGUGACUGAACAGGCUACUACUAUAGUACCUGAAAUACUCCCUGAAAAGCGCACAGUUCAACACGAGGAAAAGGAGAUUGGAGCAACUGCUGCAGAAGCUAAAGGUGUCUCUGAUAUGCAGCCUGUACAACAACAUAAAGUGGAAAACCAUGAGACCAAGAAAUAUAGUACAACUGGCAAGUCCAAGAAAAAGGAGGACGUCGUACAGAUCCCUCGCCGUGCCUCGAAGCGACUUGCUGCUCUUCCUCUUGAGCCUACUACCGCAGCACUAGAGGCGAGUCCAUCUUCUCAUCAAGCAGCAGCAGCUGUUAAAACUGUGGAUGUUGGUACUGCCGCACUUGAUUCUACCUCAGCACUGAAGACCCCAAGUCAACAACAUCAUCAUCAUCGAGCAGCAUUAGUUAAGCCGUCAAGUGAUCCGGCUGAUCCCAAGCUGGAAGUAAAUCAUCUAUACCAGAAUACAUCCGUGGCAAGAAAAGCCUUCGCCGAGUCAAAUAAGAGCAAGCUUUCUGGAACUUGUAAGAAAGCUGAAGAAGGUGAAGCGGGGAAACUGCCUCUCGAUGCUCCCCUGGGAGAGUUAUGGGAAGACCCAUGCAUUGCAUUUGCAAUAAAGACCCUCACCGGGUCACUUGAUGACUUGCCAAUGGGGUCGAACAAUAAUGGACUCGGUGAUUCAGCCAGUUCGAAGGAGCAUCUGGCUACUCCAGAAAUAAGCAUUCCUGAACCGGAGCCAAUAAACCAUUCUCAGAAUCCAGUAUCGCCUGCCGGCUUGUCUGCAGCUUAUACAUGGGCAGACCCCUGUAUCGAGUUUGCCAUAAAAACUCUAACGGGUGCAAUUCCACUGGAGUCUGAUCUUUUCAACAUGCCAGAGCAGGCAACUUCAUCACAACAAGUUCAACCAAGUUCCGGUCAGGUAUUCCACCAGCCUACUACUAUCUUCCCUACCGAAGCAGCAGCAAGGGUAGAGCAGCUGUCAUCACCGCAGACGAAAAUCGCGAGGUACACUGGUGGGAGCAGCCCGUCUGCUGGUAUGGGAAGGAGAGUUACCAGAAGCCAGAGGAAGGCUGUGUAGGUUUGUCUUUAACUGUAGUCGAUUGUUAAUUGUACAUAUGGAUGGUGAAGCUCUCCGAGUCCGGAGAGCAACAUCAUUUUGGCUUUAGUUCUCUGUUAUCCUAGUUAGCUUGCUCUACCGUGUUCAGCAAAUCUGCUCACCUGUGUAAACAGAUGUUCUAACUUUAGGGUUCUUGCUUCUGGCUGCCUCCAAUGGAUGAUGAUGGUGAAUACAAUAAUCUCCACGAUGAAGUAGUACUAUAUCAUGUUUGUUUCCAACAGUCUUAAAAAAUUCUGUGACUGUUGAUGUAGUUAGCCAUUUUUAUAAAAUGAAGGGCCAAGCCUAAAUCGUCAACCGGAACCACGAUUUCCC